UAAAAGAACAAAGAACACCACCACCACAGUGGGCAAAUAGAACAUAGACGGCGAAGCAAAUGACCAAAUCGCCGAAGGGCCACUAGCUUUCUUCGUUAUCGUUUCCAAAACGUCCAAAAACAGAGCCAAACAGAGCAAGUUAAAAGCUUCGCAGCAUUUUUGACGACCACAGAGACAAGCAGAGACGAAGAUGGGUUUAUUGGCGAAGGCAAAGGCAAAAUAUGAUAGUAACGCGAGCGCCGCCGACAGCAACUCUAAGAACAUGGGUCUUCUAGUGGUCUUCUUCCCUGAAGGCGAUUCUGCCAUUGCCGACAAAACCAAGCUUUUUUCUACCCCCUCCAUUGCUUCAUCUUCAUGUUCUUCAUCCGCCUCUAGAUCACCUGCUUCCUCCGUCAGAAGAAGAAAUUCCAACUUCCUCCUCUCCAAAGCUCAAUCCACAAUUUCAAUCUGCGCGCUCUUCAUCUUCAUCACUCUCCUUCUCUUCACUCUCUCUACUUUCGAACCCUCUCAUCCUUCCCCCCACAAUACCCUUCUUCACGCCCCUCCUCGUCGAUUCCUAUCACAGAAACCUCCCACCAUUCGCAAUAUCCCCACCAAUCCCACUUCGAAACCCAAAAUCCACAACUGGUUACUCCAAAUGUGGAAACCCAAAUCGUAUGAAGCAUCAAAGACCGAGCUUUCCUCCCCUUCAACUGCUCUACAACGAAUGGGCACCCUGUAUCGAAGAGGAACCAGAGCCAUGAGUGAUCUCGUUGUGGCUCACGUAGUUGAAGACACCAUCGAAGAUGAACUCCGUUUAUUUCUCAGAGUUCUGCACCGCUCUGGUCUCACUGCUAGAUCUGAUGUUGUUUUCAUCUUCGCUUCUGCUUCCUCAUCUUCAAGAUUCGCCUCCAGUAUUCAGCAAGAGAACGACUUGUUCUUGUCACUUAUUGACCAUUAUGCAGAAUUGAACUUGACGGACAUGAGCCUGAAGAAGAAGCCGGAGUCGUAUUUCGACGCGGCUCGGUUUUUUAAGGUUGGCAAGAAGGGAAAGGUAAUCGGGGAGCCAUUGUGGGGGAAGAAAUCCCGAAGCAAUCUCACAAACCCAGAAGCAGAUAAAGGUGACAACGAGGUGGCUCAGUUGAGUUACGGGUCGGUUCUUAGCUUUGACGCCACUGAGUUAGACCCGGAAAACUCGCUGGCCGGUUUUCUAGAUCACGUCCCGUUAAAAUUGCGAAGAUGGGCCUGUUAUCCCAUGUUACUGGGUCGAGUCAGGCGGAACUUCAAGCACGUAAUGCUCGCGGACGCGAAGAAUCUGGUCGUGACAAACGACCCAUUGGGACGAAUCAGGAAUCGGAGCUCCGAGUCCGUUUUUAUGUACGCUGACAGUAAGCAUAGUAAGAAGACCUCCGACAAAUCUCAUUCUAACCGCCCGGUUGACUCUGCCGUCGUAAUGGGCGGCGAGCGCGGGAUCCGGAGAUUAUCGAAUGCGAUGUUGAUAGGGAUCGUUCGAGCCGCGACGCAACACAAGAAGAGGAACUCGGUGUCCGAAUCAGCGAUACUGAGUCAACUCGUCAGCAACGGGUUCGUGUUGAAGAACGUCGAUUUGAUCACGUCGACCGAGUCGAUACCGGACGCGACUACACUCGGAGGCCGCAACUCAGCUGCUGUUCCGUCACUCUCUGAUUAUCCUAUAAUUCGACGUGGUUCGAGUAAUCGUGAGUUAAAUUCUGUUAUUAAGAAACAGUUAUGUUCUUCUGACAUAGAUUCUUCUGUUUAUAGAGAUUGUUGGCGAAGCGUAUAGACAGUCUUGACAAAAAAUAAGUGUUGUAUUCGAGAAAGUUAUGGAGCAGUGUGAGCGGAGUGGAGCUGACAGAGAAAUUUGAC